AUGUCUGCAAUUCAAAUGGUAUCUGCUCUUCAAGAUAUAGUUCAGGAAGGAGAAUUGAAAUUCGAUGAAGUACCUACUAUUGGCAUUGUAGAGAAAUGGAUCAAACAAUAUAAUCAAAUAUG